UGUAAUAAGAGUGGCGAAUGCACCUGCCUCGACAUGGUAAAUGACAAAGGUGAGUUUUCCAACAUCUGAGUGGACGAUCAACCUACAUGUUUCAGAAAACUUUCGGCAUAAGGUUCCUUACCAUUGGAAGACUAUUGUCGAAUCUUUUUUUCUGUUAUAUAAGAUCCUAUUUAAACUUUAGCCAACUCCCGUAUUGAUAGUUUUUUUUUUUGUUUUCUGUUUUCUGUUGCUUGCAUAAAGGUACUAUAACAAAAAAAGUAAAAAAGAAAGUUCGAUAUCUGCGAUAAGCGCCAUAGUUCAACCACACACCACGACUUCUGGCAAAGAGUUAACGACUACGAUGCCAAUUAAUUUGUCAUUCGUUUGGAAUAUCAAUUCGAUUUACUACUUGACAUUUCAUAUAAUGCGUGAACCGUUAGCGCUGCGUAAGCAGGUGUAAAGUCACGCUAAAAUUGGUCAUAAAAUUAAACGCGCUUGGCCGGAGCUGUGGAGCGCACGUGAAUUGCAGCAAAAGUAUUUAGGCGUAUACUUAAUCGCAGAACGAAGUGGUUUAAACCAAUAGCAAGGACUCGAAAAAUUGUAAACAUUUCGAAAUUUUUGCAUGUGAAUCUUAAAAGCGAUAAGAAAUUUCUGCCGCAAAUUUGAUAAGAACGAUACGAUGAACUUCAGGCGAAGCUCACUUAUUCUACUGCUGAUGCUGGUGUUGCUUUACUUUUGCGCAGAGUCGGAAGCCAAAAAGUGGCGUUCACAUCACAAGAAGAGAAGUAAUUCACCUAAAAUUUCGGCCACUUUUCGUACAGUACCGCCAAAACGCAAACCAAUGCCAAAGCAUCUAACCGCCGCACACAAACGAAAUGCGAAAAUGAACUACUACCAUCCGCUGCCCACCAGUUGGCCUACUCACUUUGCGGAUACCUUGCCACCUACAUACUACUUAGCCUCGAACUAUCCACGUUGGCGCUCUUAUCUUACAGCGCCGGCGCGAAGAAGUACACUAAGAAAAAUGGAUUUGACGCCACCAUUUGUGCCCCUUCUUCCGUUUGGUGCACAUCCGACAGCAAUGCGGCGCGCCGAUGAAUUCGAUAUUAACAGCAGCAGCACUUUAUCCACUGCACCUUUGGUCGACAUGAGCGCUUUCAAUGCCGCCAUUGCGGAUGGUAUUCUGGACACUGACUUUUCCCAAUCGUCUGCAAAUCGAGACUUUCUACAACCGGAGAUUUCAUUAGGUGGCUGGACGCCAGUGGACUACAAGUCGUUUAUGGCAGAUGCGGAUUUCAGUCUCUUAAACGAUCAGAUGGAUCUAAGCCGUCGACUGGACAUGGAUGGACCGAUGUAUAGCAAUCCAUUUGAAACACAUUUUGUUUAA